GAGAUAAAAAGUUAUAAGCUUGAGUUGUAAAUGUAGUGGAGUUAUUUAGUGGAAUUAAGUACUUAAUUAAAUUUAUAUCAUUACUGUCCAGAACUGCAGGUAAGAUAAGUUGAAUCAGCUAGAUAAGUUUGAUAAUUGAGUUGAUUGAUUUGAUGAAGAAAGUGCGAGAUAAGCAAGAUGCUUCUGACAAACAGAGAGAGACAGCAGGUCAACAGAAACGAGAUGUUGCAGUUGUGGUUUGUAAGCAUGUGACUGAAUGGGUUUUCUUUCCUUUGCCAGUCUGAAGAGCACAGAUGGCACGCAGCAGCACCUCAGCAGCCUUGUCUCGACACACAAUGGACAACUCAACCCCCAGCCCAUACGAGUACGACUACAACUUCAGCGGUGAUGAUGAUUUGAAUGACACCAGCACCACCGAGGUUCUGUACAUGUCCCACGUCUACCUGCCCAUGCUUUACUUUAUCGUGUUCUUUGCCGGAUUCUCAGGCAACCUCUUUGUGCUUAUUGUCAUUGGCAACCGUCACAAGAGGAGCAGGCGGCUGGUGGACAUCUUUGUGCUGAACCUGGCUCUGGCUGACCUGGUCUUUGUCUUCACCCUGCCUCUGUGGGCCGUUGCAGCCGGGCAGCACCACCGGUGGCCCUUCGGUAGAGUCAUGUGCAAGAUCAGCAGCUACAUCAUAGCUGUCAACAGGUUCUCGAACAUAUUCUUCCUCACCUGCAUGAGUGUAGACCGCUACCUGGCUGUAGUACGCCUCAUGGACUCCCACGUCCUCCGCAGUAGCAGGUGCGUACACCUUACCUGCGGGGUGGUGUGGGGAGUGUCUCUGCUCUUGGGGGUGCCCUCACUCGUCUACCGACACCUGAGUGAAGAAGAUGAUGGCAGUUCCUGCAUCGACGACAUGGACUCGCUCUUCUUCAAAGCCAUGAUCCUGCUGACCGGCUUCCUCACAUUCAUGCUGCCUGUGCUCAUCAUCGUCCUGUGCUACGGAUCCAUCCUGGCCAAACUGCGCAAGCACUCCAUCUCCGCCGGGAACCAACGAGCCGAAGCCAGGCGCCGACACUCGCUCAAGAUCGUCUUCACCAUCAUCACCGCAUUCCUGGUGUCAUGGCUGCCGUACAACGUCUUCAAGACCAUCCAGGUGAUCUCCAGCAUGAGCGACACCAGCCUGGGCGACGCCGUUCAAGAGAACCUGAGCCGAGGGCUCAUCAUCUCCUCCUGUCUGGCCUUCGUCAACAGCUGCAUCAAUCCCGCCAUUUACCUGUCGCUGGAUAAGCAUUUCCGGCGUAGCGCCGCGGCGCUGUGCCUGAACUGCCUGGGUCACGGAGAUGCACAGCACAGCUACGUCUCCUCCAACUCCUUCUCCAACGCCACGUCUGAGAGCCUGGGCAGUGUGCCCAGCCGUGGGCGCCUGUUCUCUCUAACUCAGAAGACCUGAAUUGGACUUUAGGCCUGACCUGUUCAUGCAUUAUUCACUUACAGCUUCAGCGUUUAGCGCUUUUUUAGAGGAAUGCUGUAAAACAUUGACCUCAAACAGAGAUCGGUUUUCAAUGGUACGUAUUGUAAAGUUUUUAUCAGAUUCAUAACAAACCUUUAAAUAUAUUCACGCUUUUAAGCACGUCAGUUUCCGAACAAGUCUGUGAUAUACUGUUAUGAGUCAAGAGACUUUUUUCAUUCAGGUUCUUUAUGAGCAUUACAAGACAUUUACAGAUUUUAAAUGUGGUUUUCUGAGCUCUAUCUCUAAAUUGCAGAAGGGAAACGUGCAAAACCCCCAACGGCGCCCCAAGCCCUUUCCUCUCAGACAGCUUCAGACAAGUCAGUCACAGCUGGGAUUUUUUAAAUGUGCAUUUAAAAUACAAUCUGUGUU